AUGGCCGCCGCCGCGGAGGGUGGAGCUGGGUACCCGGCGGCCAACGGAGGGGAGAAGCCCGCGGAGCAGCCGCAGGAGUUCGACCCCAGCAGGAUGAUUGGCAUCAUCAAAAGGACGGCAUUGAUCAAAGAGCUAGCUGCUGCUUACCAUGCUGAGUGCCUAGCAUGCUGUAAGGAGCUUCUGCAGCUUCAGAGAAAGUGGGAGGAGCAACAUGCCAAGGCCAAGAUGCCUGAAGAACCCAAGAUAUCGUCUGCGAAGCCUUCAAAGCACAGGAAGAGGUAGCCUAUUGAGAGAAUUAAUUCAGAAACACAUGAAAUAGAAAUUAUGGCGAUAUUAGAGAAUUAAUUAUCACAACUUCUUGGUAUAUCUGGUGGAUAAGACAACAGAAAGUUGAUGGUGAGGAGAGGCAACCUAUUGAGAGGAUGAUCAGCGUAGAAAAAAAGAGAAAGAGAGCUGCUAGAGCAAAGCAUGUGAAUGAUUCGUUUCUUUAAAUGUAGAUGCAGCUUUUGACAUCGAGACACAAAAAGGAGCAACAUGAGCUAUGGUACGUGAUGAUAGAGGAAAUUUUCUAGCGGCAAGUAAUAAUAUGGUUGAUCAUGCUAUGGAUGUUGCAAC